GCCCGCGUGGCUGAUGCAAUGACCGGCUCAUAGCUGGGCUCCUGAGGGCUGCAUUGUUCUCCACCCGCCCACGCGCGCACUCACACACUCACACUCACACACACAGCCCACCCCUGAUUGGACAGUCCCGCCAGGAACUGGUCAAGAGGCUCCAGCGUUUGUGAGAAACGGGGUGACUUCUAAGAAACUCCUGUUGCAAAUAGCCGAAGGGGUGGGGUAAACAGGAAGAAAGGAGAAGAAAGAGGCAUUUUUUUAAAAAAGGAAACUGAAAGAAAGAGGGAGAGCUAUAAAAGAAGAGUGCCGCUUGCCCAGGGCAGCCUCAGCUGCUGCACCGGCCACCUCUGCAGGGUCUCCCCCACCCAGACCCUAAAUGCGGGCCCAGUUUGUCUGGUUGAUCACCUGCAGUGACCUGCUCUCCUGUAGGGAAGAUGAGCUGCCCAGGGAUCACCCCAUCAUUGUACCUGGCACUUUCCCCAGGAAUUUUUAAGGGUUGUUGGGGCCACUGAGCAGCUCUCCCAGCGCCCAGCUGUAGACCGGAAGAUGGCGGACGAGCAGGGGCGAGCCUCCCCGCUGGAGCUGUUCAACAGCAUAGCUGCACAAGGGGAACGCGUGAGAGCCCUCAAAGCCGGGCAGGCGUCGAAGGAUGAAAUCGAUGCCGCAGUGAAGAUGCUGUUGUCCCUAAAAAUGAGCUACAAAGCCGCCAUGGGGGAGGACUACAAGGCCGACUGCCCCCCAGGGAACCCGGCACCUGGGGGUGAUAGUGGCCCAGAUGCCAUGGAAGCUGACGAGGAUUUUGUGGACCCGUGGACCGUACAGACGAGCAGUGCAAAAGGCAUUGACUAUGACAAGCUCAUUGUUCGGUUCGGAAGCAGUAAGAUUGACAAAGAGCUGAUAAACCGAAUAGAGCGAGCCACGGGCCAGAGACCACACCGCUUCCUGCGCAGAGGCAUCUUCUUCUCACACAGAGACAUGAGCCAAGUCCUCGAUGCCUAUGAGAACAAGAAGCCGUUUUACCUGUACACGGGCCGGGGCCCCUCCUCCGAAGCCAUGCACUUGGGCCAUCUCAUCCCAUUCAUUUUCACUAAGUGGCUGCAGGAUGUGUUCAACGUGCCCUUGGUCAUCCAGAUGACCGACGACGAGAAGUACCUGUGGAAGGACCUGACCCUGGACCAGGCCUACGGCUACACCGUGGAGAACGCCAAGGACAUUAUCGCCUGCGGCUUCGACAUCAACAAGACCUUCAUCUUCUCUGACCUCGACUACAUGGGGUCGAGCCCAGGCUUCUACAAGAAUGUGGUAAAGAUUCAGAAGCAUGUGACCUUCAACCAAGUGAAAGGCAUUUUUGGUUUCACGGACAGUGACUGCAUCGGGAAGAUCAGCUUUCCUGCCAUCCAGGCUGCUCCCUCCUUCAGCAACUCAUUCCCACAGAUAUUUGGGGACAAGACAGACGUCCAGUGCCUCAUCCCCUGUGCCAUCGACCAGGAUCCUUACUUCAGGAUGACAAGGGACGUGGCCCCCAGGAUCGGCUACCCUAAACCAGCCCUGCUGCAUUCCACCUUCUUCCCCGCCCUGCAGGGCGCCCAGACCAAAAUGAGCGCCAGCGACCCCAACUCCUCCAUCUUCCUCACCGACACGGCCAAGCAGAUCAAGACCAAGGUCAACAAGCAUGCGUUUUCUGGAGGGAGAGACACCAUUGAGGAGCACAGGCAGUUUGGGGGCAACUGCAGUGUGGACGUGUCCUUCAUGUACCUGACCUUCUUCCUGGAGGAUGACGACCGGCUGGAGCAGAUCAGGAAGGAUUACACCAGCGGAGCCAUGCUCACCGGCGAUCUCAAGAAGGAGCUGGUAGAGGUCCUGCAGCCCUUGGUUGCAGAGCACCAGGCCCGGCGCAAGGAGGUCACAGACGAAAUCGUCAAAGAGUUCAUGACGCCCCGGAAGCUGUCCUAUGACUUUCAGUAAUGCCCAUUUUACAUCUGCACAUACAGAAAUAUAGUUUACGAAUAAUCCCAGCCCCAUCGAAUCCCUGCUGCGCCUGGGCUCUGUCACGCGGAGUCCUGGCUCUCAUGUCUGCGCCCUGCAUCUGUCAGUGCUCUUUCUUCCUCUGGGUUUCAUCCUCUGUCUCCUGUCAGCCGAGCCCUGGGCUAUGCCUGGGUACCGGCUGCUGGGCUGGUCAGGCAGGAAGUCCCGCUGGAGUCUCUCCCACAAGGCACCCUGGAAGGGAGCCUUGGGCGCCGUGUGCACUGGCCCGCCUGCUCCAGCCCAGCAAUGGGCUUGCAUUGGAAAACCUCCCACGGUUCCAAAUAAACCCUGAGAGCCUGCUGGUGAAAGAGCCCAUGGUUUGUGCACACUUCGGAAAGUCGAGGUGGGGAAGUUUAAUGGGCACAGACGUAUUUCCGCCCAUUUCCCCCCCCAAAAAACCAAAAAGAAUUGCUGGCCAGAGGCGGCCACUUUUAUUAAAUUGAGUCUUUGUGGAAAAGAUUUUUCAUCUCACUAACCUCCAGACCGCAUGCAUUCUCCAAAAUUCACACUCCCUUCCCCAGUCCUCCGGAUGCUGCUCCCACCCACUGACCUGAGAGGCUGGCGGCUUUGCAGACACCUUUGUCCUGACAACUUGACUGGCACGGGGGCCUGCACGGAGUAGCGCCCUGCCCAUGUCCCCAGGUGGGUGGACGGGGCUAGAGAGCGCAAGGCAGCCCCCGAGGCCCUAGGCGCUGUGCUGUGGGAGCCAAUCAGUCUCACACCCUGUGUGGUUUGGAAAAGCGGAAGGAUAUCCCAGGAAAACCCUCUGUGGAGGCGCAGGGUCCGCUCCCGAGUGCUCUAUCCUCAUGUUGCUCAUUGGCGUAAAUAAACUUUGGUCCUGCC